AUCUAAUUAGCACUGGCUCAAAAGUUGAAGGACCAUAGUAGUAAAAGAACACUAGAGAGAAGCUUUCUAUAUUCACGGGGUUUAGUUUUAAUCUCAGGCGGGCGGUUAUCGAAGAACGUGGCGAGCAUGUAGGGGAACGAAGAAGGAAGGAUUUCCAUCCAAGCGUCCAAAUUCAAUCCCGGUAAUUGCGGCUCAGCGAUUGAAGAGGAGGAAAAAGGGCAAACUGGAUAUUUCAACAUUCAAAAAUAGGUUUACGGUUUCCCGAAACUCCAGACUCUAAAGCAAAAAUCUCGCGCAAUUUUCUCUAACAAAAUAUUUUCUCCCUUUUUAAAUUUCGUUUCUUUUUUCCUUUGAGAUUUAGUUAGACUGAGAAGGAGGGGGAGGAAGGGUAGAGACGAACAGCAGUUGCUUGCUAAACCCUCUAUAGCAAAAGGGGAAGAGAGUUUAAAAAAAAAAAAAAACUCGCGAGAUUGAGUACAAUUCAUAGGUAGUAGUAGCAGCAGAAGAAAUAGCUUCCAGGGUUUGGUUUUGAAAAUUUUUUUUUUUUUGCUGACUUUGGAAGGGAGUUUGGGCAAGUGGGCUUUGUUUUUUUUUAGAGAGAGAAAAGAGAAAGGUAGAGGACGAAGGAUGCUAGUAAAGACAAGGAGAUGCUGGUUACUAUCAAUUUUUGGCGUAUAAUAGGAGGGGAGUCGCUGUCUUUCUUUCGGUGAUGAAUGGAGAGCUUUGAGAGAAUAGAAGCGGCAGCGGCAGCAGCAGCAGCAGCGGAAGGAGAAGAAACAGAGUCCUGACAGGAGAGCAGAGUGUGUUGGGAAUCAUCAAUUUCAGGAGAAAAGAAGGACCCAUGCUUUUCAAUUGAGAAGAAGAAGAAGCCAGGUGAUUUCAAGCUCUGGUGGGUAAAGCUUGUUUUUGUUUUUCAAUGGCGAAUUCUAUUUAUUUUUUUCUUUCUUCUUCUUCAAGUUGGUUUUUCAAUGCCCUGUUUUGGCUUUCUUCUUUGUAGAGCUGUCAUGGAACAGUUGAGACUCCGAGGAAAACCAAAAUUCUGAAGUUCUCUGUGUCUAUGUUUUCUUUCUCUGUUGGUUCAUUUGGUUUUCCCCUUGCAGAAACCUCGACUUUAAUUCCCACAAUCAAAGUUUUCCCAUUGUGUGGACAGAAAAAGGGUUCGCUCCUCUUCUUUACUUGCUUCCAUGUGACUGCUUCCAGUUUCAAAUGAAACCCAUGAGUUUAUGCCCUGGAAAGAAAGAUGGCAUAUCCAUUUGGUUCUUCUCUACUGGUUUCCACUUCAUUCUUACCUUGAAGGAGAAUUUUGUUUCAUCUUAAUAAUUAUAUUUAACACAUGCACAUUCAUUUUCUAGGCUAGAUUGCUAGUCAGGAGCAAUAGUUUUUAUUUGGGGUUUCAAGUCAAAACCAAAAAGGAAGAUCCUUUAUUUUUAUCUUUUCUUUUUCUUUUGGCCAAGUUUCUUGGUAGCUUGCUGUCAAAUUUCAACUUCUCUCCAUUUCCUCUCACUAAUAUUGGUAUGCUUUGUUUCUUAUAGUAACUCUCAUCAAUUCCAAAUUGUUCAUAAAUAGCAACCUAUGUUUCAGUUUGGCGGGAAUGCUAAAUUCGCUAUGUCACAAGUUUGCCUUCUGAUCUAGCCAUUCUUGGCCAGAAUUUUGCUUAGCUCUUCUCACUUCCAUUUCAGCUCAAGAGUUGGGUGGGACACAUCCCCAUAUUUUAGUUGAAACAUGGUUUAAAUUUCCUUUUCAUUCCCAUUGCAAGGAUUUUGCAGGAAAAAAAAAAUGGAUUUCACAGAGUCCACAAAGGCUGUGUACAGCAGGAUACAACAAAUAGACCCAGAAAACGUCUCCAAGAUCAUAGGCUACCUCCUCUUACAAGACCAGGGGGAGCGAGAGAUGGUUCGGUUAGCCUUUGGACCGGAUAAUUCGAUCUACUCAUUGGUUCACAGGGCCAAAUCAGACCUCGGCUUGAUGAUGAACAACAACAAGCAGCAGCAGCAGCAGCAGCCUGCAGAAGUAGCAGUAGUCCCUCUUCAUCAUCACUAUGCUCCUAAUUACUCGGAAUUCGUCCCUAACUACUCCGAUCAAAUGCAACAGUUUUUUACCAUGGAUGACCCUAAUCCGGUCAAUUUCUUCUACCCCGAGUCGGGUAGAAGAACGAGCAGAAGGUCGCCCAGCCUGCCUGAGUUUCCGGUCAAGAUGUGUCAUUACUACAGCAAAGGGUUCUGCAAGCACGGCAGCAGCUGUAGGUACUUCCAUAACGGAGUUUCCACGUCGGACAUUUUCAAACAGUCGUCCUCUGCUGACAUCAUGGAGGAGCAUAGCAAUCAUGUGGUCUCCCCUGGUUCGCUGGAGAGGCUGGAAUUGGAGCUGACCGAGCUGCUGAAAUCAAGAAGAGGGGUGCCGGUUUCCAUAGCCUCGCUACCCAUGAUGUACUAUGAUAAGUACGGUAGGACCCUUCAGGCCGAAGGGUAUCUCACCGAGAGCCAAAGGCAUGGAAAGGCUGGGUUUAGCUUGACGAAGCUCCUGGCUCGGCUGAGGCACAGUAUUCGCCUCAUCGACAGGCCUCACGGGCAGCACUCAGUGAUGCUCGCAGAAGAUGUGCCGAAAUACUUGGAAUGCGCGGCGGGCGAAAGGAAUGAUCCUGGUGGGAUCGUGGCUGGUUCUAAGCAGAUAUAUCUCACAUUUCCUGCUGAGAGUACUUUCACUGAGCAUGAUGUUUCCAACUACUUCAGCAAAUUCGGCGCAGUUCAGGAUGUCAGGAUUCCAUCCCAGCAGAAGAGAAUGUUUGGAUUCGUUACUUUCGUAUUCGAGCAGACGGUGAAGCAGAUACUGGCCAAAGGGAACCCACAUUUUGUGUGUGGUGCUCGCGUGCUCGUCAAGCCUUACCGGGAGAAGUCGAGGCUGUUCGAUAGGAAGUACUACUCUGAGAAGAUGCAUCAGUCCAUGUGUUACCACAACUCGCACUAUAUCGAUGGAGAUUCUGAGCUUGGUUACCCAAGUUUUAGCUCGAGGCUAAUGAGGAGGCAACUCAUUGAGGAACAAGAGCAAGCUCUUGAGUUUGAGAGAAGGCGUUUAUCGGAGAUGCAAUUGACCAGCACGAAGACGGCUCUGAACCACCGCUCCUUCUUUGGAUACUCGAUGGUCGACGCGUUGAAGCUCCCAGAAGGCACUUCAGAAGCGGGUGAUUUCCCUUCUGCAGAGCGGCUGAACUACUUGCUAGAUGUCCUGAGCGAAGACAAGGUUAGGAAUGCUAGUGGGAAUUACCACGAACAAGAUAGCAACAAUGUCAAUGGUAAUGGUGGUGGGGGAGGCCAUGGACUUAAUCUGCCAGAGAGCCCCUUUGCAGCUCCAAUAGGGAGUGGGAUUUCCACAGUAAUGUAGAGAAAACAAGGUAAAAAGCUAGUGGCCUACCUACUUAUUAUAGAAGAUAGAAGAGGACUGAAGGUUGUCGGGACAAUAUUGAUACUACAACAGGACCAUUAAUAGCAAAUCCAUCCCCUUUUGAUUUUGUGUUCAUCUGAGAACAUUGCAUGAAGUUGAUUCUGGGAUGCCUGCGGAUUAGCUUGAUAGUCUACUCACUCAUAGCAACAGAAGAAGAAGAGGAAGAAGAAGAAGACAGUUAGAGGAUUUUGUUUACCUUUUUACCACCAUUUCUUGUGGUGGGGAAGGAGGAGAUUUGCAGAGGAGAGAGAUGCAUAAGAAGGCUAGAAAGCUAGCGAAUAUGAUUUUACUGGUUAAUUAUUAAUCCUUAAGGAAGCAAAACCUUUUUGUUUUCUCAUUAGUCAAUGUAAUCACAGGAAGAAGUGAAUUAAUUAGGGGGAAGAGCCUUAGGAGCUCUCUCUGUCUCUAGCACAAGGAUGUAAUUACUCCCUUUUUUUUUAGAAAAGGGAAAAAAGAUAAUGGUGUGAGGAACUCUUCAGAUGAAUGACCAAAAUGCUACUGAUAAUAAUAAUUAUACAGAAAAUAA